UUGAGGAGAGAAACUCAGCGGGCAUUAAAUUAUGAAUGUUGAACAAGAUGACCUCUUACCAUCAGUGCCAGAUGUUGAGAGGUCCUAGAUGGAAAGGGGCUUGGUUUGACCCCUUGUUUCUCCUGCUUCUAGCCCUGCAGUUGCUUGUUGUCGCUGGAUUGGUACGAGCCCAAACCUGUCCUUCCAUAUGUUCCUGCAGUAAUCAGUUUAGUAAGGUCAUCUGCACACGCAGAGGGCUAAAGGAUGUCCCUGAUGGCAUCUCCACCAAUACACGGUAUCUAAACCUUCAGGACAAUCAGAUCCAGGUCAUCAAAUUAGACAGUUUCAAGCAUCUGCGACACCUUGAGAUUCUUCAGCUCAGCAGAAACCACAUCCGCAACAUAGAGAUUGGCGCCUUCAACGGGCUUACCAGCCUUAACACUCUGGAGCUUUUUGACAAUCGCCUCACGACCAUCCCAAAUGGCGCAUUUGAGUAUCUAUCAAAACUAAAAGAGCUGUGGCUUAGGAAUAACCCUAUUGAGAGCAUACCGUCUGAUGCCUUCAGUCGCUUGCCCUCCCUGCGGCGGUUGGACUUGGGAGAGCUGAAGCGUCUCUCCUACAUUUCCAGUGGAGCAUUUCAGGGCUUGAGUACCCUUCGAUACCUAAAUCUGGGCAUGUGUAACCUCAAAGAGGUCCCCAAUAUUCAGCCCUUGAUUCGUUUGGAUGAGCUGGAGAUGUCUGGGAACCAGCUCACCGUCAUUCAGCCCAGUUCUUUUAAGGGUCUCAUCCAUCUUCAGAAGCUGUGGAUGAUGCACGCCCAAGUCCAAACCAUAGAGCGGAACUCCUUCGACGACCUGCACUCUUUACGAGAGCUCAACCUGGCUCACAACAACCUCACCUUUUUGCCCCACGAUCUCUUCACGCCUUUGCACCACCUGCAGCGAGUACAUUUGCAUCACAAUCCCUGGAAUUGCAACUGUGAUAUUCUUUGGCUGAGCUGGUGGCUGAGAGAGACCGUACCUACGAACACCAGCUGCUGCGCCCGCUGCAAUUCCCCU